AUGGCCGACGCAAGCCCCGCCAGGUCGGCGACGUCGCCGCGACCUCAGUUGUCCUCGUCCAUGAGGUCCAGCUCGUUCCUGCGCGAGCACCAGCAGUACCGGCCCCCGCAGCUCCCCGAGAGUCGCUUUGGCAUCGACACCGUCGUCGAGGACCUCGGCAAAGUGGCUGUCUCGCCGUCUCAGCAAGCUCAUAGCUAUAAGCAGUAUGCCGGGUUCAAUGGCAUCCCUUCUGAAGACAACCCGCCCACCAUCCGUCACGGCCUGAACCACAGCUACUCGCACCCCAAUUGCGCUCCCGCCGGGGGCAAGAAGCAGUCCCGCCUGGUCGCGACGCUGUUCUAUAAACCGAACGGCGAGAGCGCCACGGCGGCGGCGGCGGCUACCCGGAGCGGCGGCCGCGUCGCGUCCCCCCCCAAGCCGACCUCGGAGCACUCCGGCGGCAAGGAGUCCCUCCCGGCUAACUUCGCGCCGACGCAGGACCCCGAGUCCUUCCCGCUCGAGCCGCCGACGCAGGAGCCCGAGAAGCUCGACCACCUGUAUGGCUCCUACGUCUCGCCCAUGUGCGUGACCUCGUUCCUGCACCUGAUGUCGACCUUCCCUCUGCCCGAAGGCGAGUCCGACUACAGCUCGUCGCACCGCUGCCUCGAUAGCCAGGACAACCCGCGCGUCGUCGAGCUGACCCUCGACCCGUCUCCCUGCCAGACCUACCUCAGUCUGACCGACCUGCGGCGGCACGAGCUCAUCUACCGCUUCGAGAGGGAGUGGAGCGUCGAUGUCGCCCUGCAGCCCGACACCCUGUGGCGCCACCACCCGAGGCUGGUCGUCUUCGACAUGGACAGCACCCUCAUCACGCAGGAGGUCAUCGACCUUCUCGCCGCCACCAUCAAGGACCCGCCCGACUUGGCCGCCCGCGUCGCCGACAUUACCCACCGCGCCAUGCUCGGCGAGCUCGAGUUCGAUGCCGCCUUCCGUGAGCGCGUGCAGCUCCUCAAGGGCCUCCCGGCCUCCUUCUUCGAGCAGCUGAGGCCCGUCCUCGACGUGACCAAGGGUGUGCCCCGCCUGAUCAAGGCUCUGAAGCGCCUCGGCGUCAAGACCGCCGUACUGUCCGGUGGCUUCCUCCCUCUUACGAGCUGGCUGGCCGGCGAGCUCGGCAUCGACUACGCGCAUGCCAAUGAGGUCGUCGUCGACGACGCCGGCAGGCUCACGGGCGAGGUCAAGGGUCUCAUCGUAGGUAAGGAGAGGAAGCGGGACCUGCUGAUCGAGAUCGCCGGCAAGGAGGGCAUCGACCUGUCGCAAGUCGUCGCCGUCGGAGACGGCGCCAACGAUCUCCUGAUGAUGGGGGCGGCAGGGUUGGGCGUUGCCUGGAACGCGAAGCCGAUGGUGCAGAUGGAGGCCGACACGAGGCUGAACAGUGAGAGCCUCCUGGACCUGCUGUACCUUUUCGGUUUCACUGGGGAUGAGAUCGAGCAGCUCGCCUCGUAA